AGACUUUGCAUGUUCGAAAGUUCAUGCAAUCAGAAGGGGCCGGCUGCUUCUGGCCAAGAUGUAUCGAAUACAUCACUUUCGCCUUCGCCAUGUGCCCACAUACUCGCCGACAUCGAAAUCCUAGUACUGUAGUAAGGUUUGGCCUUGUUGAACCUACCGUGGUCCGUGGCAUCCUCGAGGCGGCGACCGGCAGAUUGCGAGUCUCUGAUUCUUCUGCAACCCUCAUUCCGGUCUCUCACCAACUUGAUUCGCUCGUCUCCUCCCACCAAACAUGGUAUCCCUUUGCACCGACCAGCGCCAGUACCUCGAUGCGCUUAUCGCAGAGCAUGGCGAGGGGAAGCUGCAGCAGUAUAUCAACGAGAAGUUCACGCCGACCAUCCUACGCCUGCGCAGCAUGUCCCCUGUCAAUGCGCACACCUGGAUCGAUCUCGAUGUCUACGUGGACUGGCUGAUCCAAGACUGUCAGAGGCGUGAUCGCGCUCCUAGUGCUCCUGAACACGAGCCUGCAACCGGAUCGCCCCCUGCUUACACUCCACCGUCUCCUGCCGCAGGGAGAGGUGAGAACGGCCAAAUGUUAAACAGAGGACUUGGUGCUCCCCCGCCGUCUUCCACUGCGAGAAGAGCUAGAAACAAUCGUAUAGCAUUCGGAGGACUCGGUGCUCCUCCUCCUCCUCGUCAAGCGCAAAGGACCCGAAACAUGGAGAACCGAACGCAAGCGCAACCUGUGUCGCCUCCAUACUUCCAGAUCUUCAUCAGGGGAGCGACAGACAGGACGAUUACGAUCUCUUCUCUGACGAGCAGCGCCACGGUAGAGAGCUUAAUGAGCCUCCUAGAGGAGAAGACAGGUAUAUCGCCGUGUCAGCAACGCCUCAUCUUCCGAGCAAAGCAAUUGGAAGAACACCGAACCCUAGAGGAUCAUGGCAUUCAAUCUGAAGAUACGAUCAACUUGGUCCAGAGGCUGCGAGGCGGUAAACCAAUCAUCUAUCUCUUCUCUCCGCGUCCCGUCGAGGCGAUCGUCCGGCUGUCCCUGACUCACGACUGGUCCCUCUCGGCUAUCUACCCCAUCGUCCCCAUCGCGAACAAAGACGGAGGCCAGGCGCUGGAGUGGAAGGUACAGACUAGGCCGGAUGGCACGAUUCGCGAGAUCAACACCGGGCUGGACGUGUCGUACCUGUUUUGGGAAGCGCUGACCAACAAGGUCGUAGACAGCCCGCCUUCGUCUCCCGCCAUCGGGCAGGCGCGCGAAGUGUUCCGGCCUGGGAUGACGGGCGUCUCCAAUGAGAACUCAGUCAUUCUCCCCGUUGCAGAUAUCACGCCGUACCUCGACAAGGCGCUCGCGGUGCUCGGACUCCACGUCGAAGCGCGCACUUCGUUCAUAACCUACUGGCUUCCCGAUAUGCUGAAGCACACCCACGUCGCCCUUCGCUUCCUCGACCAAGUCUCUUACGCGCACGCUGCGCCACUGAACGUGUCGCCGAAGCCCGACGUUGUGACCCGCGUCUUCAUGCUCUUCCGAGGCGUGAAGGAGGUCGAGCUGGGCGAGUGGGAGGGCGCACAGGCGAAGGCGGCGGAAGCGGUCGAUAUGUGGCGCGAGGUAGUUGGGGUGAACUUGGAGGAGACGCUCGAUGAGAGGCUUUUCAGAGUGAUUGAAUGGGGUGGGAUGGAGGUUUUCCAUUGAUUGAGGGCAAGCCUCGAUUUCGUGGUAUCAAACUUGCGACAUCGUCUGCUAGGAUCCCUCUCAGUUCUGUAUCCAGUACCCUCGUACCAUAUCCUUUGUAUCGUCAUCAUCCUUGAAUUACCUCCGAAAUCCAACUUUGUAGGUCCAUCCCACGUGUAUCACGCGCCCCAUGGGGAAAUUGUGGGGAAACCAACAUUGCAUCAUCGCGCC